UUUCUAUAUGAAGAGGUUGCUUUAAGAGGAGCCGUCCCCCCCGAGACUCGCACCUUUACCAACCCUUGCAGCCCCAAACCACCCAACCACCGCACUGCCAGAUUGCCGCCCGCGCCCAAAAUCACUCCCGACCCGACAAACGAGGCACUAUUCAGGCACCCCACAUCAACGCCUAAGACUAAUACUAACACUAACACUCUGUCACUCACCAAAAGAACAUUCUAACAAUACGGCUGAUAUUCGGACGUGCUCAUCUCAAGGCUGAGGCAGUUGUGCAUUCACACGCACACAGCAAAAGCCAAGUCGGAUUUCCAGAGCACAAGGCUUGUUCACUUCCAACGCCAGGUCAUAAAAAAGUAACUGCUGCACUUCAUGUCGCACCUUCCUUGAUGCAACCUUGGUUGGCCCAGCUAUACAAUUCCACCACUUCUUAUGGCGUUGAAGUUGACGUCGUUGCAUCACAGCCUUCCUUUCAGAUAAUGCGGAAGACUCGUAGAGAAGAUGGCUUCCAGGUAAGCAAGCAUUUCCCCCCAACAGCCAAGCGUAUGGACGCGGCAUCCUGGAAUCUUCGCUAACAUCACGCGUUUAGAUUAGAUCGCCUUGUCACGUGAGUGAUAUAUCUUCAGACUCCCAAGACAUAAUCCCAACUUAUAGAUUGACCUUGAAAUAGGCUCCUCGAGACAGGUAGUACACCAUUAAUCAGAAAUACCGCUGCCCAGCAACUGGCCGAUGUUCAGAAAGCUCGUCCGGAAGAGUUAUUCAACCUUCUCACUCGAGUGGUCCCAUACCUACGACAUAAGACGUGGGAGACGAGAACCGCCGCGGCGAAAGCCUUGGGUGGAAUUGUCGACAAUGCCGAAAAGUACGACCCAAAUACAGGUGACGGCUUCACCAAAAAUGAGUCCAAGAAAGAAGAGCCUGAAAAUGGGUUCAAUGGGUUCAUCAAAAAGGAGGAGCCUGUGGAGGAAAUCCCCCUUGCAAAUGGCCAAUUAGAUCUCAAUACCCUCGACCUCGUGUCUAUUCUGAAGUAUGGAAAGGAAUUAUUGCGGGGAGGGGGCAAGGAAAUUGAUUACACUUUGGCCUCGAUGGACCCCGCUCAGCGACUAUCCCAUCAGAAAAAGACUCUAAUGGGGCGACUAGGUCUUUUGGGAGAAUACAUCGAAGAAGAUCCUGAUAUUGACUACAUCAAGCCUGGCCCUCUGCCACAAGUCACUUCAAAUGGCCAUAGCCCUGAAUCAAAGAAGUCAAAGGGUGCAGCAAUUCCAGCGGAAGAAGUAGGACUGAGUGCAAGACAGCUCAACCAACUGAAGCGGAAGAGAAAACGUGAAGCACAGAACGCUGGUGCCAAAAAUCGUUUAGUGGAUCUCUCAAUCAAUCGACGUUCAAGUACCAUUGGAUCCAACGACACCGACACAACAAUGUCGGAAAUCAUGGAUGGCUCAAACGCGGAUGUCAACGACUUUUUUACUUUGGAAAGAACAGAAGACGUAGACGAGGACUCCAAGGUGGUUUCCGAGUUCAAAGGUCCCGUUCUUCCCAUCAAAUCCGAGUUGGAGACCGAAGAGGAAGCCGAAGGUGUCGAAUGGCCCUAUGAACGACUGUGCGAAUUCUUAAUGGUUGAUCUAUUCGACCCACAGUGGGAAACUCGCCAUGGAGCUGCAAUGGGUCUACGAGAAAUUGUUCGAGCUCAUGGUGGUGGUGCUGGCCGAUUAAAGGGCAAGUCACGCGCGGAGAACAACGCACUCAAUCAGCGAUGGCUUGACAAUCUAGCCUGUCGGCUAUGCUGUGUUUUUAUGCUUGAUCGAUUUGGCGAUUAUGUUUCUGAUACAGUUGUCGCGCCCAUUCGAGAAACCGUUGGUCAAACUCUGGGAGCACUUCUCAGUCACCUGCCUCCUGCUAGUGUCUAUGCGGUACACCGAGUUCUAAAUCGUAUGGUCAUGCAACAGGAUCUUGGAAUUGAUAGACCUGCCUGGGCUGUUUGCCAUGGUGGUAUGAUUGGACUGCGAUAUCUGGUUGCGGUGAGAAAUGAUUUGUUGCUACGUGAUAGCGACCUUAUUGAUGGAGUGAUCCGUGCCGUCAUGAAAGGCCUUGGAGAUUUUGACGACGAUGUGCGCUCAGUCAGUGCCGCAACACUCAUUCCGAUUGCCAAAGAAUUCGUCAACUUACGCCCUGAGGCUCUCGACGGCCUUAUUAAUAUCGUUUGGGAAUGUCUUUCUAAUUUGGGCGAUGAUCUUAGCGCAAGUACGGGCCAGAUCAUGGACCUUUUGGCAAAACUUUGCAGCUUCCCCGAGGUACUGGAAGCUAUGAAGAAGAAUGCGGCAAGAGAUCCAGAACAAUCAUUUGCUCUCUUGGUUCCUCGAUUAUAUCCAUUCUUACGCCACACCAUCACAUCUGUACGAUCAGCCGUAUUGCGAGCUCUACUCACAUUCGUCAAUAUCGAGGGAGAUGGCACACGAGACUGGCUCAAUGGCAAAAUUCUUCGACUCAUAUUCCAAAACAUUCUUGUAGAAAGAAAUCUGGAUACCUUGAACCUCUCCUUGCAGGUUUGGCGGUCCCUGGUUAUUUAUCUUUCCAAGAACCCAGGAGAUCUGGCAGAGCAAUUUUCGGCGCAUGUCGACCCUCUCAUGCAACUGACCCUCCACCCUAUUGGUGUUUCGCGUCAUCCUCUCCCCAUGAACGCAACACUCUUCCAAAAACCAUCUGGCAGCACAUAUACCAUGCCAAGUGGUGUUGUCCCGGUCGCUGCACGACAACCCUCGCCCUCUAGUCCACAGCCUCCACCGCAGAAGAAACAAAGACGGAAAUCCACCAAAAUCGUUGAACCUGUUCCCACGUCAUCAUGUCAUGAUGUUGAUGGUCACAUGAUGCAGGGAGACGUUGAUCUUGUUGGUAUGGAUAUUCUGAUCAGAUCUCGCAUCUCCGCAGCACGAGCGAUGGGUCUCAUCAUGUCUCUCAUUCCCUCUCAUUUCCUUGAGGCUUAUGACGGAAGCAUUGUACCUGCUUUGAGCUCUGCUUUUUCAUCCACACAACUAGCUGCAUGCUUGAUUGUGGAUGAAUAUGCAAGGAACUGCACAUCCAAGGAUCAACCGAAGCGAUUCGUGGAACCCCUGGUCCAGAUCAUCGAGUCAGAACGACCGUUACAUUAUCGAGAUUUGGUGAGCUACACGCAGCUGGUCCGUGCUCAAUGCAUUCAAUUAUUCAACACAUUCCGAGAUAUUGGCAAGGUUUCUCAAGGACGAUUGCCUACUCUCGCUGUUGUUGUUCAAGGGGAACCAGAAGCUGGCCCCGAUGCUUUCUCAAUACAAAUUGCAGAUAAGUGUGUUGGCGACGAUUUUGAUCGACUAAAGAGAAAUCUCGCUGCCGCUCAACGAUUAAUCGCCACGCAACAAUUGAGUGAAGCACGGGAAAGUGUUGUUGCAGUCAUUGAAAAUGCGAAGUUGAUCAAGGAACAACGAGAUGUCAGAAUCAAGGCGGCGGCGGCUAGCGCAUUGGUUGCCAUGAAAUUCUCGCCAAAGAAACCAACUCAUAUCAUCAAGGGUAUGAUGGACAGCGCCAAGAAGGAGGACAAUAUCGAGCUGCAGCAACGAUCUGCAGAGUCGAUUGCAAGACUUGUAGAAUUAUUCAUCGAAGGCGGUCGUUCUACGCCUGCACAGAAGGUUGUUGGCAAUCUGGCAAAGUUCAGUUGUCAAGAGACUUCAGAGACUCCGGAAUUCACACCCAAUGCCGCCUUUACCAACAACAUACAAACACUUAGAAAAGAAGAAGAUCGUAGAGAUCAUCCUGAUGCCGCCAAAUUUGCCAGAGAGCAAAAGGCAGCUCGUAUUGUUCGACGAGGUGCCAAAGAGGCUUUGGAGCAAUUAUCCGAUAUCUUUGGUGCUCAGUUAUUUACAAAGGUACCAUCAUUGAGAGCCAUCAUCGAGGGGCCUCUCCAGUACUCUUUUUUUGGCCCUUUGCCUGCAGAUGUCAAGGAUCCUAAUACGGAGCUUGGUCAAUCAGCAAUUGACUCAAUGUCUGUUCUUCGAGCACUGACGCCGACUUUGCACAAGGACUUACAUCCUUUUGUCAUUCAACUUCUCCCUCUAGUCAUCAAGGCACUCCAUGCCGAGCUGUCUGUCUUUAGAUACAUGGCCGCAAAGUGUCUUGCUACAGUAUGCUCGGUGAUUACCGUAGAGGGUAUGACGAUGCUAGUUGAGAAGGUCUUGCCAUCCAUCAGCAAUCCAGUUGAUCUCAACUUCAGACACGGUGCCAUCGAAGCCGUUUAUCAUUUGAUCAGUGUUAUGGGCGACGGUAUAUUACCAUAUGUCAUUUUCCUCAUCGUACCAGUCCUUGGUCGUAUGAGUGACUCUGAUAAUGAUGUCAGAUUGAUUGCCACGACUACGUUUGCAACUCUCGUCAAACUUGUACCCCUCGAGGCAGGUAUUCCAGAUCCCCCUGGAUUGUCGGAAGAGCUUUUGAAAGGUCGUGAUCGCGAGCGAACAUUUAUUGCGCAAUUGCUGGACCCUCACAAAGUCGAGCCUUUCACCAUUCCUGUCGCAAUCAAGGCUGAACUUAGAUCAUAUCAACAGGAAGGUGUCAAUUGGCUCAAUUUCCUUAACAAAUAUCAUCUACACGGUAUUUUGUGCGAUGAUAUGGGUCUCGGAAAAACCUUGCAAACGCUAUGCAUUGUCGCUAGCGACCACCACAACCGAGCUGAGGAAUUCGCUAAAACCGGAUCACCUGACGUUCGUCGCAUGCCCUCGCUUAUCGUCUGUCCUCCAACGUUGUCUGGUCAUUGGCAACAAGAGAUCAAGACAUAUUCGCCUUUCCUUUCAUGUACAGCAUAUGUUGGACCCCCAGCAGACCGAGCUCGAUUACGAGAUCAGCUUCACAAAACCGACAUUGUUAUUACAUCUUAUGACAUUUGUCGAAAUGAUUCUGAAGUACUUACUCCUCUCAACUGGAAUUACCUAGUACUUGAUGAGGGCCAUUUGAUCAAGAAUCCACGAGCAAAGGUUACCAUUGCCGUGAAGCAGCUUCUCAGUAACCAUCGACUCAUUCUUUCUGGAACGCCAAUCCAAAACAAUGUCUUGGAACUCUGGUCAUUAUUCGACUUCCUUAUGCCAGGUUUCCUCGGUGCAGAAAAGGUCUUCCUUGAUAGAUUUGCAAAGCCUAUCGCAGCAAGCCGAUUCAGUAAAUCAUCUUCCAAAGAACAAGAAGCCGGUGCCCUCGCCAUCGAAGCUCUCCAUAAACAAGUCCUACCCUUCCUCCUCCGUCGACUCAAGGAAGAAGUCCUGGACGACCUGCCCCCCAAGAUUCUCCAAAACUACUACUGCGACCUCAGCGACCUGCAAAAGAAACUCUUCGACGACUUCACCAAGAAAGAAGGCAAGACGCUUGCUGAGAAGGCUUCAACAGGCGAUAAAGAAGCUAAACAACAUAUCUUCCAAGCUCUUCAAUAUAUGCGUAAACUCUGCAACUCCCCGGCACUGGUCAUGAAGGAAGGCCAUAAGCAGUAUGAAGCUACCCAACGACUUCUCGCUAAGCAGGGCACUUCUCUUAACGAUCCUGUUCAUGCGCCUAAACUGACUGCCCUCCGUGAUCUAUUGGUCGACUGUGGAAUCGGUACCGACCCCUCUGCAGAAGGCGAUCUGGAAACAUCAUACGUCUCACCUCAUCGUGCACUAAUAUUCUGUCAAAUGAAGGAGAUGCUGGAUAUGGUACAAAACGACGUCCUGAAGAAGAUGUUACCCUCAGUUCAGUAUCUCCGUAUGGAUGGAUCAGUCGAUGCCUCGAAACGCCAAGACAUCGUCAACAAAUUCAACUCGGAUCCUUCUUAUGAUUGCCUCCUGCUCACCACUUCGGUUGGAGGCUUGGGACUCAAUUUGACGGGUGCCGAUACGGUUAUCUUCGUGGAACAUGAUUGGAAUCCACAGAAGGAUUUGCAGGCUAUGGACCGCGCGCAUCGUAUUGGUCAGAAGAAGGUGGUUAAUGUUUAUCGGUUGAUUACUCGAGGGACGUUGGAGGAGAAGAUCAUGUCGUAUGUUACCCCCCUUGCCCUUCCACCCCCCACCCUCCCAUAUUUCCCAAUAUCUCACUAGCACCCCUCAGCCUCCAACGCUUCAAAAUCGACGUCGCAUCCACCGUCGUCAACCAACAAAACGCCGGCCUAGGCACCAUGGAAACCGACCAAAUCCUCGACCUCUUCAACCUCGGUGACACAGUCGAUAUCCCCGGCGGUUCCGGCACCGCAACGGGCGAAGAACGCGAAGAAGAUAUGGUCGAUGCGACUGGUGAGGUCAGAGAGAAAGGUAAAAAGGGCUGGUUGGAUGACCUGGGUGAGCUUUGGGAUGAUAAGCAGUAUGAGGAAAGUUUCGAUCUUGAGGGCUUUUUGAGGACGAUGCAGACUUAGUUUGAGGCUUUCUGGGGAAUAUCGACGAGGGAGAGGGAAGGGAGGGGAGGAACGUGUACUUUUUAGACUUGGGAGUUGAGGGCUGGAGGGGUGGAAUUGGGGGGAUUGGUGGGAUGGGUGGGAUCGGUGCAUUGGAUGGGUAUGGUAUGGUAGGGUAGGGUAUUUUGAGGAAAGCAAAGAGGUGUAUUUUUCUCUUGAAAAGGAUUCUUGCUCGUUUUCUUUUUCUUCGGUGGAUGGAUAAG